GGAAAAAGGAUCAGCAACAAAUGUGAAAGUUGUGCUUUAAGGAACCCUAAACACUGCGCACUAAAAUGCUCUAUUUAUAGGGUUGUUUUACGCAGUUACAGUGUUCUGCCCUUAGAAGUAAGGUCAUGUUUUUUUGACUGUCAAGUUCUUGAGUUUUUUAAGGAUGGCGGAAAAGGGUGAAUGUAAAGGAAAUACAGGUGAUGAAGUAAAUGACGUUAAAGGAAAACAAUUGAAGACGAGCACGUUUGCUGGCAUUAGUAGCGACAUUUUUAAUGGCACAGAUAGUAAGUCCGGCACGAAGGAGCGCCAGUUUGGAUAUGAGGACCAGCCUCUGACUUGUGAUCCGUUACCAGAUUUAACAGAAAAUCAGCGUGUCGUUCUCUACACAGUUUACUUGUGUCGUGAUGACAGAGAUUAUAUCGAUCUGGAUGAUGAUGCCGUCUCUAUGGGAGAAAUUGAUGUCAGGAAGACGGUGGAGGAGCUAGAGGACAGAGGACUGAUGAAACGUGUCAGAGUAUCGGAUAACAGAUCUCUGUCUCGCAUCCCAUGUGACAAACUACUUGAGAUAAUGGAAUCUUACAUGGAGAACUGUCUGCUGAGGGAUAUAGACAAAGACUUCUUCAUACAUGUCAUCUCCGACUACUCCUUAUAUUGUUAUAUAAUAGAUUUCUUUACGUUAUACCGUGAUGAUUCAAGUCCACAAGACAGUAGAUCUGUAACAUUAAUGAGACUGAUGAUGGAGGGGAGGAUGGACGUAGUACUAAGAACUAUAUCACGUACGUAUUCUUCACUUACUUUUGUAAAGCUAGAUGUAGUAAAAAGAGAUAUAACCUGUCAACCUUCUACACAUACCGGUAUAUGAUUAUAUUUUCAACAGUUUUUCAAUUGCUACGUCAUAUAGUUCACAAUACAACUAUACAAUAUUUACAUUUGCAAAUAUCUUUCUUAGAUGAACCUAUUGAAGAGAAAAUAUGUUCAAUUCUGUGUGAAUUUUAUUUGGGGGUCAGAGGUCAUAGAGUGACCGAAUCAAAGAGAAAAGAGAUAUUUUGUCUAUGUAGUGUAUUUGGGGGGUAUUUUUAAUUUGUAAUUGGGAUCGGGCUCAGGAGCCUGUCGAUCUCUCUCUUCCCGCGUUUCCGCCAAGCUGGGUACAGGCCAUGUUUUUCAGAGCUCCUUGAUUUUGUAACAUAUCCAAUCAAUUGUUUAUAAUCAAUAUAUUAUUUUUAUCCAAAGUGAUUUGAUUGUCUUUAUACAA